AUGGGUUUAUUAAAAUUUUUUCAAAAAAAUAUUACUAGCAGUGAUACUAUUUUAAAUCUUGAAUGGAUCAAGAUUUUACUUGUUGUUUUCAUUUUGUACAUUAUAAGAUUUUAUUAUAAAUAUUUUACUCGUAUUAAUCCUCUCAAUGGCCCUACACCAUUACCACUUAUUGGAAAUCUACAUUUGUUUGGAUUAGAACUAUCUAAAGAUUUAAAAAAAUUAUCAAGGCGAUAUGGUAGUACAUUCGAGAUUUACCUUAUGACACGCCGAUUUAUUGUUGUAUCUGAUCCAAAGGAGGUUGAAAAGGUUUUUAAUAAUUCACCGAAAAACAAAUUUUUUAAUAGGCCUGAAUUAGGUUCAUCCCACGAAUACAAUAUGAACACUGGUAUGGUAUUUAAUAAUAACUACCCAACAUGGAGAUAUAAUAGAAAACUUACUUCACAAGUGUUAUUAUCACCAAGAAUUUUAAAAGAAUUUGUCACCACCAAUCAACAAAAUUUUGACAAAUCAAUGAAAUAUUGGCAAAUAAAUUAUGGGACAAAAAAAGAAUUUGUUGUUAAUAUUGUAGAAUGGGCAAGAGCUUAUACAACUGAUUUAAGUUUUAAAUUAUCAACUGGUAUGCCCACUUAUUCAUCAGCUUCCUACAGCAAAAUUUCAUUGGAUGAUGUGAAGAAUGAAGAGAAAUGUCCACAAUACUUGAUAGACAUUUCACGAGAAUUUUCAGAUUUAACAGCAAAUAUGAUUAGCAUAGGGCUCAAUCUUAUUUUGGCACAUAAAGAGGUUAAAGAAAAGAUGCUGGAAGAAAUUAAUCAAGUAUUUGCUGAUAACUCAAAACGUCCAAUGACACAUGAAGAUUAUGAGAAAAUGGAAUAUUCUCAAGCCGUUGUGAAAGAAUUUUUAAGGUAUCACACUAUAGCACCAGCAUUGAUUCGCCAGACAACAUCAGAAAAUGCGGAAAUUAGUGGCUAUAAUUGGCCAGCUGGUACAUGCGCUUUUAUAGAUGUUAAUGGAUUGCAGAAAAACCCUGAUUGUUGGGAAGAUGCCGAUCAAUUCAAACCAGAACGGUUUCUAGAAUGUGAGGUAGACAAAAUAGGCAAAUAUACUUAUACACCUUUUGGUGGUGGUGUACGCAUCUGUCCUGGUCGUCUCAUGGCAAGGAUUACAAUAGCUUCAGUUCUUAUUAAUUUAUUGAGAAAUUAUGAUAUUGAAUAUUAUGAGAAAGAAAAUCAACUCAAAUUUAUUGAUAGUUUCAUAAAUGUUGUAACUGAUUUUAAAGUUAUUCUUAAACCCAAAAAUUAA